ACUCUGACUAAAAUUGGCCAAACUCAAGAACAUGAAUGGCUGAAUCCCACAUUCAGACCAACAACGUCCCAAAACCCUACCUGCCUGGUGGACCCUGACCAAGUAGUGGAGAACCUAAAUCCCGAAACGAACCAAUUCCCAGCAAAACCCUCGCCGUCGUGCACAGCGAGCGGACAGUGGGCAAAGAGGAGAGGGACAGAGGGACUGACAGGAGGUGUGGGGACGAAGACGGUGGCGAAGCGAUCGAGCAAGUACCUGGAGGAGGCGCUGUACCGGCGGCUCUUCAGGGGCGGGAGCUCGAAGCAGAGCGUGCGCGCCGAGCUCGAGAGCUUCCUCGACAGCCGCAAGCGCGUCUUCAAGUGGGAGGUCGGCGUCUCCGUCCGCAAGCUCCGCACCCACAACCGCUUCCGCCCCGCCCUCAAGCUUUCAGAAGUUAUGGCCAGAAGAGGCAUGAACCCCACAGUGAGCGAUCAAGCAAUCCGUCUAGAUCUCUAUGCCAAAGCCAGAAGUAUUGCCUCUGCUGAAGAGUACUUCAUCAACCUUCCGGAAACUUCCAAAAACCAUCUUACUUACGGCGCCCUCCUAAACUGCUACUGCAAGGAAUUAAUGACUGAAAAAGCUGAGGCCCUCAUGGAAAAGAUGAAGGAGCUUAGGUUUGCGACGAGCUCCAUGUCCUAUAACAGCUUAAUGACCCUCUACACUAAAACAAACCACCCAGAAAAAGUUCCUAGCAUUAUACAGGAAAUGAAGGCCGAUGAUAUUUUGCCGGAUUGCUACACUUACAAUGUAUGGAUGAGGGCUCUUGCCGUCAUGAAUGACAUUUCUGGGGUAGAAAGGGUAAUAGAAGAAAUGAAAAGGGAUGGUCGCGUCACUGCCGAUUGGACCACCUAUAGUAACUUAGCUUCUAUAUAUGUUGAUGCUGGCAUGUUUCAGAAGGCUGAAAGCGCUCUCAGAGAGCUCGAGAAGAGAAACUCUAGUCAAGAUCUUGGGGCCUAUCAGUUUCUAAUAACAUUAUAUGGCAGAACUGGAAAUAUAGUCGAAGUUCAUCGUAUUUGGCGGUCUCUGAAGCUCGCUCACCGUAAAAUGGUCAAUAUGAGCUAUCUUAAUAUGAUUCAAGUAUUGGUUAAUUUGAAAGAUUUACCUGGUGCGGAAGCAUUGUUUAAAGAGUGGGAGUCUAAGCUCUCAGUGUAUGACAUCCGUAUCGCAAAUGCUAUGAUUAAAGCAUAUAUUAACGAGGAUAUGUUUGAUAAGGCUGUAGCUCUUAAAAAGCGUGCCAAAAUGCGGGGUGGAAGACUUAAUGCGAAAACUUGGGAGAUAUUUAUGGAGUAUUAUUUGAAGCAAGGGGAUUUAAAGAUGGCUCAUUGGUGUUGUGACCGUGCGAUUAAGAAGGGGCGAAGCCAUGGUAGGAUUUGGGUGCCGCCUGGGGAAGUUAUUAAGACAAUGAUGGGUUACUUCGAGAGUCAAAAGGAUGUUUCUGGUGCUGAAAAAUUCAUUGAGCUUCUAAAGAAUGUAGAAGCUGAGUUGGGCUCAGAGGUAUUCGAAGCACUUAUACGAACAUAUGCAGCUGCUGGGAAGAAAAGCCCAGGGAUACGGCAGCGGUUGAAGAUGGAGAACGUGGUUGUGAGCGAAGACACGGAGAAGUUGCUCGAUUCUGUUUCGGCAGAGUGAGCUUCAUGGUAAACAAGUAACAUAUAGGGUGCUACUUGUUUUUGAUGCUUGAAUCUCAUUUAAUUUUUUGAGAAACAUUAAUAUGGGGAAGCCCAAAUUCUGGUGUCAUCAAAUUUGCUUGUAUUUAGCUGCAUUUAUCUGCAGUUUCCGCCGCCUUUUAGACAAUGUAUGGCAUAUGCCAGAGCGAAGGUUGUAGCACAGUUUGUUUGUUGGCGCCUUUUUCUUUCUAAAAAUUUGGAAAAAGUUUCCGGCCUAGCAGAAUAA